AUGGUGCCGCUGCUGUUGGUGGCGCUGCUGGCGUGCGGUGGAGAAAGCUUCGUGCCACCGCAGGCCAAGCCCUCCCCCGGCGCCUGUGCCGCGAGCACAGCCGGCGCAGCGCUGGCGGCCUGUGGCGGCGUGCCAGCGGCACUGGCUGAAAUGCCACCGGCACCCAGUGGGAUCAAUACCUUACCAGAGUCCCAACAGGCCGCGGUGGUGCUUGGGCUCUUCGUGUUUCUGGCCGCCGGCACCUUGCUGCUGGUGGGACCCAUCUUCCAAUUUCUUCAGCAGCUGCUGCCGGAGGGAUGGUUUAAGAACUGGCAAAAGACCUGGCCCAUCCUGGGCGCUUUCUACAUAGCUGCUGGAGUGGCCCACUUCACCGCAGCUGAAGCUUUUGAGUCCAUCUAUCCGCCCGAGGGCACCUGGGGAUUUUGGUAUCUCCCAGGGUCUGCGUCCUUCCAUGUGGCAUGGACUGGCGUGGCGGAGAUUGCUGGAGGCACAGGUCUCUUUGUGGGUGCAUUGCUCCUGGGCCUCGCAGGCGCACUGCAGAUGGAGGUCCCCAGGUUGCUACGCCAGAUCCCAGCCCUGUCGGCGCUGGGGCUGUUCGCGCUGACCUGGGUGGUGACACCGGCGAAUGUCUACAUGUACACCCAUGGCGCUCAGAUGGUAGGCCUGACUCCUGGUGAUCAGCCAAUCCCUGUGGAAUUCCAUUUGAUUCGUGGACUGCUGCAGGUGGUCUUGCUGGGUAUCCUGUGGAGCUAUUCAAGUGCUGCCAGAGAGGAAGCGGCCGAAGCACGUUGA